AACUUCAACUACAAUUUCAGUUUCAUUAUAAUUAUUAAAGAGAUAUAGUUUAUAUACCAUUUCUCUUCUCUCUGUGUCUCUCUGUCUCUCAACCAUGGCUAGGGUUUUUCCUCAAGCAGCCAUCUCUUCACCGUACAUGAGUACGGAGAGAGAGACUUUCACGGUUUGGAUGAAAUCUCUGGUUUACCAAACCAAUGGUUUAACUGUUUACAAUUCCAACGGAGAGAUUACGUACCGUGUCGAAAACUACGACAAAUGUAGCAAUGAAGUCCACAUCAUGGAUCUCCAUGGCAACAUUUUGUUCACCAUCCGCAAAAAGAAAUUAUGGCUGUUUGGGAGUUGGUAUGUGUAUAGAGAAUGUGGAAGCUUUACAAGCAGUGAGGAAGUGAAACCUUUUGUUAGAGUCAAAAGGUCUUCGAUUAGAGAUGGAGAUUGGGAAGUUCGAGAUGAGACCACUGAAGUCUUUUGGAUUUUAAGAUUUGACCCCAAAUUUGCUUUUCAGAUCAUAGACAUCCACGGAGAUAUCAUUGCACAGGUAAAGCCAAAGCAAUCAUCAAAUGGGAUUACAUUGGGAGAAGAUGUGUUAACUUUGGAGGUGAAACCACGUGUCGAUCACUCACUCGUUGUCGCACUGGUUACUGUAUAUGGAUUAAUUAAAGGAGUAGUCUAAUUUUUUGUUUGAUUUUUAUAGAAAAGAAAUACACAAAAUAGUGUUUUUUCCAACCUUGUUUGUGUUGUGGGAGAUGUAAAUAUAUAUAUAUUUUUUUUGCGAGCCUUGAUUUUUGCUUGUUUCUGAGGCUCUGUCCAUUUUUUUGCCAGCGUAGAAUUAUAUUGUUU